UAUUUUUCACCCUCAAAACCCCAAAUUCAUCAUUUUAAGUUUACUUUCACAAGAAAAAAAAUGCAAUAUUUUGUUUCAUAUUGGCAAAUAAUUUUUGUAAUUACUUUCUUUUUAUUAACUUUGUUUCCUACACUCUUAAGUGCACUAACUUUGAAAAAAAAUAAAAAUGUGAAACAUAAUUGUUCACCACUUCCUCAACCACGAGGGGCGUUACCAUUCAUAGGGCACUUGCAUCUCUUAGGAGGUAAACAAACCAUAGCCCGAACCCUCGGCGCUAUGGCCGAUGAGUGUGGGCCAAUCUACUUGCUCCGACUCGGCCAACAACAAGCCGUUGUGUUGUGUUCAUGGGAAAUGAUAAAAGAUUGUUUCACAAACAAUGAUGCAGUAACAGCAACACGGCCUAAUAUGGCUUUUAGUAAACACGUUGCUUAUGAUUACGCAUCAUUCGCCAUUUCUCCUUAUGGAAAAUAUUGGCGUGAUAUUAGAAAGAUUUCAACUGUUGAGCUUUUAUCUAAAAAAAGACUCGAACAAAUGAAACAUGUUCGAAAUGCUGAGAUAAAUUCUUUCAUCAAAUAUUUGUUUAAGAAAUGUCAAAAACAUGUUGAACAUAACACGUUACAAAGUGGUGUGAUUUCACUUUGUAAGUGGUUUGAGUAUAAUAGUUUUAACAUCGUUAUACGAAUGAUAGUAGGGAAAACAUUUUCUCCUGAUGCAUACGAAAAAAAUGGCACAUUGCCAUCGCAAUUUAAGAAGUUAAUUGGUAAGGCAACAUAUGUUGCUGGUGUUGCUAUUCCUUCCGAUUUUGUGACAUGGUUAGAAUGGUUCGAUUUUGUGGGAUACAUUAAGUGUAUGAAGGAUGUUCAUAAGGGAAUUGAUAUGAUCAUUGGACAGUGGGUUGAUGAGCAUAUACAAAGAAGGAAAGAACAAGAAAAUGUUACUUAUGAGGAUGGUGAUUUCAUGGAUGUGUUAUUGUCAAACAUAGGUGAAGGAUGUAUCAUGUCCGGCUAUACUAGAGAGGUCGUCAUCAAGGCAACAUCAUUGAUACUACUAUUGACCGGGUCAGAAAGCACCUCGAUCACAUUAACAUGGGUUGUGUCACUGCUACUUAACCAUCCAGAGGCACUAAAGAAAGCCCAAGAAGAAUUGGACCACAUUGUUGGUAAAGAAAGAUGGGUAGAAGAAUCAGACACACCAAAUCUACCGUACCUACGAGCCAUCGUAAUGGAAACACUUCGUUUGUACCCACCAUCACCCUUGGCGGGUCCAAGAGAGGCGUCCGAAGAUUGUUACAUAGACGGCCACUUAAUCCCAAAAGGAACUCGCAUAAUAGUCGAUAUUUGGAAAAUACAUCGUGACCCUCGAGUGUGGUCUAGGCCGAAUGAUUUUCGACCAGAAAGGUUCCUUGUGGAGAAUACGAGUAUUGACUAUAAGGGGGUAUGUUUUGAGUACAUCCCUUUUUCUUUGGGUAGGAGGGCUUGCCCCGGGAUGACUUUUGGGUUACAAGUGGUGCACUUAACUUUGGCCCGUUUGAUCCAAGGAUUUGAUAUUCGGGCCGAGAAAAGGGGCCCAAUUGAUAUGUCAGAGGCUUUAGGCCUUGCUAUGCCAAGGAAAAGCCCAUUACAUGCUAUUCUUGCAACCCGGAUGCCUGUCGAGAUGUAUGAUGCCUUGUAAAGCCACUAUGAUAAAAAAUAAAUUAAAAAAAAAAAUGAUCUAUAAGAAUGUCUUUCUGUAAGAUGAUCUUAAAAUAAAAAGCUUAUAUACAAAUAAUUGUAUUAUUUGGGCUAAUCAACUCAUGUAUUAGGAGUAUCUCAUGGUAAGACCGUCUCACACAAGAAUUUGUGCGAAUGUCAACGUUUAAGUUGCUUAUAAUAUUAUCCUUUCCUCUCGUUGAGAUUGCUAAAUAUUUUCUCAAGAGUUUUCACGUAGAAAUGUAUAAUGUAGCAUUGUCAAUGGUACAGAGGAAUACUCCUUUCGUGUCUUUGUUAAAUUUUAUGUUCUUACAUAACAUCUUUUAUGGAGAAAUAAAAUAAACUUAACGGUUAUAAAAGAUAAAAUUAAACAA